GUGCCUUUCACAUGCACGUUCGGCGAAGAAGUCCAGCAGCUGGGUUUUCGCAUCAACUGGUCCGGAGAAAGGCCAUCCAUUGAAUCAAUCCAGCAGGGCGCUGCUUACCAAAGUGGCAUUCGUGAGAUGGACAUCAUACUGGCCAUAAAUGGAACUGAUACUCAGCAUCAGACAAGAGAUGAUUUGUUACCGCUUUUGCGGGAGCGGCCGCUGCAGCUGAGCAUGACGAGAACGAGCAGCACGCAGGAAGAUGCUAUUCCGAGCCCAAUUUCAAGCAGUUGCGACGUGGCUGAUGUCACAAUUGCUGUUCCUCAAGCGGUGCGGGGAAAAUAUCAAUUUGAUCCAGGCAACAGAACGGCAUCCUUUGGAAUGAUGGCCGACAGCUACGAAUUGCAGGAGAUGGUGAAAGAAUUCUCGACUGGUGGAUCCCGGCGAGAAUCGGUGACCGGAGCGAAGAUCGGGUUGAAAAAAUACGUCGAGGAAGCAGACGUCAAGGAAACCAUGGUGUCGAAAACUGUGCGUUUGUUCACAGGCCCGGACACCAGCAGAGUUCCAGAUGCAGACGACAGUUUGCUCAGCAAGGCUCGCCACCUCGCCACGGACUUUGCCGGGUGGUGGGAUUCGUUGAAAGAGCCGGACCGCGUUGGUUGUACACACAGCGCGCUAGAAUCCAGAUGGUUCCGGGUGACGUCUGCAAUGGUUAUUGUCAUCAACGCAAUCGUCGUGACCUGGUUGACCGACUGGAGCCUGCAACACAGUGGCCGAAAUAUGCCUCCGGGUUUCGAAGUUGUCGACCUGGCGUUCUUGCUUUUCUACGCGGCGGAGAUCGGGAUGAAGUUUUAUGUGCACAGAGGAUAUUUCUUCGCGAACGAGAAUGCGGCUUGGAACAUCUUCGACCUGAUAUUGGUGAUUUUUUCUUCCUUUGAUGUUGCUGCCAAUUGGCCCUCGAGCUCCGAUGACGAAGCCCCUCCGAACAACUUGGGCUACAUGCGUGUUUUUCGCAUGUUCAAAUUCGCGAAGAUUCUCCGAACGAUCCGAAUCAUCGCCUUUGUGCGAGAGCUUUCGAUGAUGCUGGAGAGCUUCCGACAAUGCGUCAUUGCUAUGUUUUGGGGACUGGUGCUACUUUUGUUCCUCCUGUACGUGUUCGCAUUGGUCUUCGCACAGGGCGUCGCAAGUGUGUCGGCUCAUGAAGGUGGAGAUGUACGCGAGGAUGUGAUGUCUACCUUCGGCUCUGUGGGGGAUUCUAUGCUUUCCCUGUACAUGGCGGUGACAGGAGGGAACGAUUGGUCGGUCUACUACGAGGCCACCAUCGCCAUGGGCUCCUUCUAUCCUGUGGUAUUCCUGUCUUACACCUUCUUCUUCAUCUUCGCGCUUUUCAACAUCCUCACGGGCGUUUUCGUGGAGCGUGCGGUCGCCGCUGCCCUGCCGGACCGGGAGGAGCUGAUCGCACAGGAACGGAAGAAGAUCCUGAAGCAGGUGGAGGACUUGCGGGCACUCUUCAAGGCUUUGGAUUCGGAUCGCUCCGGGAAAAUCUCCAAAGCAGAGUUCUUGGCGGACAUGGAGGAUGACAGGAUUGUGUCCUACAUGCACACAUUGGGUCUGGACAUGCAUGAUGCCGAGCACUUCUUCGACCUGCUGGCAAGUGACAGAAACCAACAGGAUACUUCCCCUGGAAUU